GUGUUUUAAACCUGGAAAAGCACCAAAUCCUUGGGUUAGGUCUAAACUCCAAGGUUAAAUCUCAAACCCAUGGUUAGGUUAUUUCAAUAUAAAUAUAUCAUUGUUCUCAGACAUAGGUACGCCCACCAACCCCAUUACAGAGCAAAAAUCUUCACCUAUGCACCCAAAUUACCUUUGCCAAAACCUUAACCAACUGUGUUUCAACAGAAGGUAAAUUUCCACUUUCGUUCAUCUGGCCCUUUUUUAUGUUGAUUGCUGGUCUUUCUUCAACAACAAAAUUUAAUUUAUUUCCUUGAAAAUGAUUCGUGUGUUUUUACGUGUUAUUGACAGUGAUUUUAUGCAUUGUAUAUGUUUGGUUUGAUUAAGAAAAUGUUUGGCAUGGU